AUGUGCGCCGCUGGCCUCGUGCAGUGCAUGUUUCCUGGCGACAUCUCGCUUACCAACACUACCCUCUCACCCGGCACCAGCAUUGCCCAGGGUGUCUUUAUUGAAACGCUUAUGACAGAUGAUCUUGUCUUCGUCGUGCUCAUGUUGGCGGCCGAGAAGAGCAAGGAUAUUUUUGUUGCGCCUGUGGACAUUGGCUUACCGCUCUUUGUUGCUAUGAUGGGAGGCGGUUCACUUAACCCCACCCGCAGUUUUGGUCCUGCCGUCGCUGGCACUCAGUUUCCUGACUACCACUGGAUCUGUUGA